AUGGGUCUCAGCGCAUCGCUAAAACGUAUUCAGUCAAUCCAGAACUCGCUAAGUAUGCAUACUGGCGCUCCAGGAGGGGUUAAUGGGGUGGUCGGGAAGUCUAAUGAAGCCUUUAUGGGUCUCAGCGCAUCGCUAAAACGUAUUCAGUCAAUCCAGAACUCGCUAAGUAUGCAUACUGGCGCUCCAGGAGGGGUUAAUGGGGUGGUCGGGAAGUCUAAUGAAGCCUUUAUGGGUCUCAGCGCAUCGCUAAAACGUAUUCAGUCAAUCCAGAACUCGCUAAGUAUGCAUACUGGCGCUCCAGGAGGGGGUCAGUGUACAUACGCACGAGCAUGCCCAACUCGACGCAUUUGUGAAGUGUUUGCACCUCUUCCGCCAGCGGUCCAAAGAAGCGUGUAUGUGUCUCAGCGUAUGACUACAACGUAUUCACACCACCCAGAACCCGCUAAGUAUGCAUACUGGCGCUCCAGGAGGGGGUCAGUGUACAAACGCAUGAGCAUGCUCAACUGGACGCGUUUUGUUUGCCCCUCGUCCGCCACAGUUAAUGGGGUGGUCGGGAAGUCUAAUGAAGCCUUUAUGGGUCUCAGCGCAUCGCUAAAACGUAUUCAGUCAAUCCAGAACUCGCUAAGUAUGCAUACUGGCGCUCCAGGAGGGGGUCAGUGUACAUACGCACGAGCAUGCCCAACUCGACGCAUUUGUGAAGUGUUUGCACCUCUUCCGCCAGCGGUCCAAAGAAGCGUGUAUGUGUCUCAGCGUAUGACUACAACGUAUUCACACCACCCAGAACCCGCUAAGUAUGCAUACUGGCGCUCCAGGAGGGGGUCAGUGUACAAACGCAUGAGCAUGCUCAACUGGACGCGUUUGUGA